AUGGCGAUCCAGAAGAAACACGGAAAAGGUCGUUUAGAUAAGUGGUAUCGAUUGGCGAAGGAGAAGGGAUACCGUGCGCGAGCUGCUUUCAAAUUGAUUCAGCUGAACAAGAAAUAUGGCUUUCUGGAGAAGAGUAAGGUCCUUCUGGAUCUCUGCGCAGCGCCAGGUUCAUGGUGCCAAGUUGCUGCCGAAUGCAUGCCAUCGCAGAGUCUUAUAGUCGGUGUUGAUCUCUCUCCGAUCAAGGCAAUCCCUAAGGUCAUCACUUUCCAAAGCGAUAUCACCACAGACAAAUGUAGAGCCACCAUCCGCCAACACUUCAAGACCUGGAAAGCCGAUACAGUACUCCACGACGGUGCGCCAAACGUUGGUACCGCUUGGGUCCAAGAUGCUUUCUCUCAGGCGGAGCUGGUUUUGCAAUCGCUAAAGCUAGCAACGGAAUUCCUUAUCCCUGGAGGUACAUUCGUUACAAAGGUUUUCAGGUCAAAAGAUUACAAUCCCCUUCUCUGGGUUUUUAAACAGCUCUUCACGACUGUCGAAGCCACCAAGCCUCCAUCUUCCCGAAAUGUUUCUGCCGAAAUUUUCGUUGUCUGUCUUGGGUUUAAGGCUCCCAAACAUAUUGAUCCCAAAUUCCUGGACGCUAGGCAUGUCUUCGCGGAGCUACAGGACCCAAACCCUAAUAAUGAGGCCAAAGUUUUCAAUCCUGAAAAGAAAAAGAGAAAGAGAGAUGGGUACGAGGAGAACGACUGGACUCAACACAAGGAAUUGCCGGCCACCGAGUUCAUAAAUACCACCGACCCGAUUUCAAUUUUAGGCUCAUAUAACAAGCUUUCUUUUGAACAAUCACCCGGCGGCGACAUCGCACUUGCAACUCUCCAACGACUACCCGAAACAACAGAGGAAGUACGUAUGUGCUGUGAAGAUCUCAAGGUUUUGGGUAAGAAGGAUUUCAGACAAUUGCUCCGAUGGCGAAUCAGGGUACGUGAGAAGUUCGGGCUUGCGGUGAAAAAGGGGUCAAAUAAGGAGGAGGAGACUGAGGAGGUUGCCGAAGUUGAGCCUAUGGACGAGGAGUUGGCUCUCCAGGAAGACCUGAAGCGUUUGCAUGAGCGCGAGAGCUCAAAAAAUAAGCGUGAGCGCCGAAAAGAGAAUGAACGAAAACGCAAGGAUAUCAUAAGGUUGCAAAUGAACAUGACAACGCCAACGGAAAUUGGAAUGGAGCAAGCGGGCCCGCUUGGUGAAGGAGCGAUGUUUAAGCUACAAACGGCCGAAAAGCUGCCGGCUGCACGGACGGUAUCUGCCAGCAGUAUGGCCGCUGCUAUAGAGAGUAGCAGUGAGGAAGAAGAUGAUUCAGGUGACGAAGAUUCAGACGAAGAUGGCGAUCGGUUAGAGCGUCAACUCGACUCACUCUAUACACAAUAUCAGGAGGCACGCGAAAGUCGGGACGCCAAAUUACGAGCCAAGAAGUCGCGAAAGGCCUAUGAAACGGAAGAAUGGGAAGGCUUUUCUGAUGAAAAGGAAGGUGAAGAAUCUGACAAUGACUCUCCUCAAUCGUUUCCUACGGCACCUACCGGAGAUCAUGUCAACGGUCUCUCUAAUAAGGCUGCAAUGUUUUUCGACCAAGACAUAUUCCGUGACCUAGGAGCCGUUGAAGACGAGGAGGCGGACGAUGAACCAAGUACAGCAAAGGUGAACGGCGUGCUCAGCAAGAAAUCAGAUUCCGCUAAGAGAGACACUGCUAGAGGGCGGGUCGCCGCAUCGCCGUCCCCGUCUGUAAAUAGCGAGAAUAGCUAUGAGGAGGUCAAAAUGGGCAAGUCAGAGAACUUUGACGAUGGAGACGAUCAGCAGCAGGACGAUCCAUGGAAGAAAAAUGGUCAACUUGAUGUCGAUAUAAUAACAGCUGAAGCUAUGGCUUUAGCCCAUCAAAUGGCCAAAGGUGAAAAAACCGCUGACGACUUCGUCGAUGACGGCUUUCAUAGAUACUCGUUCCGCGAUGUGGACGGUCUCCCAGAAUGGUUCCUUGAUGAUGAGAACGAACACUCAAAGAUACAACGGCCUACAACUGCCGCAGCUGCUGCUGCAAUUCGUGAGAAGCUACGCGCCAUCAAUGCCCGACCCAUCAAGAAGGUCCGCGAAGCCAAGGGUAGAAAGAAGUUCAAGCAAGCCCAAAGGCUGGAGAAGCUGCGCAAGAAAUCAUCCCUGCUAGCUGAGGACGAAGGUAUCAGUGAAAGGGAUAAAGCACAAUCUAUCGCCAAGAUGAUAAGUAAGGCCACGAAGAAGAAACCAAAGCAAAACGUGAAGCUUGUGGUGGCUAGAGGCGGAAACAAGGGUAUUUCCGGUCGUCCUCGUGGAGUGAAGGGACGAUAUAAGAUUGUCGAUGCUCGAAUGAAGAAGGACAUCAGAGCUGAAAAGAGGUUGGCGAAGAAAAAGAGCAAGUGA